AUGCAAGCCUACCGCAACACCUCCUCAUUUGGUCAAGCAGAUGCCCUUUCGAGAUUGAUCGAGGUGAACAAACAGAAUCUGGAAGAAGAAGAUCGUGUAAUUGCUUCAGUGGAAGCAGAAGUGGACGCCGAGCACCACGGAAUCACCCGACACUUACCAAUCACUGCGGCGAAUAUCGGGAAGGCGACUCAAUCCGAUCCAAUCACUGCUGCUGUCAUCCAAUAUGUACAACAAGGAAAUUGGCCAAAAAUCGAUAAAUCGUCUCCAAUCUUCCCAUUCUACAGUCGUCGUGAGUCCCUGUCCAUCGUCAAUGGAACCUUGAUGUUUGGACACCGAAUUGUCAUCCCUGCUCAACUUCGCCAACGUGUCAAAACAACUCUACACAAGACUCAUCCAGGACAGCAACGCAUGAAGCAACUGGCUCGAAGCUAUAUCUACUGGCCUCACAUUGACUCAGAAAUCGAAUCAUUGGUGAGAAAUUGCCACGAUUGUCAAGCAGCAGCGAAGAAUCCAGUGAAGACGACGUUGCAACCGUGGCCCACUGCUUCUAUCCCACUCGAACGAAUUCACAUUGAUUACGCUGGCCCAAUUGAUGGAACCUACUAUCUUGUGUUCGUUGAUGCCUUCUCAAAAUGGCCGGAAAUCCUACCGACUCGGACCAUUACUGCAUCAAGAACGAUCGAGCUGCUCACUCCAAUCUUCGCGAGGUACGGUAAUCCACAGACGCUCGUUUCUGACAAUGGCACGCAGUUCGUUUCAUCGACAUUCCAACAGUUCUGUGCGUCAAGAGGUAUCAAACAUCUACGCUCUCCUCCAUUCCAUCCACAGAGCAAUGGACAAGCUGAGAGAUUCGUGGACACCUUCAAACGAGCACUGGUAAAAUUGAAGAGGGAGGAGACAACACAAGAAGCUCUACAAACGUUCCUCAUGGCGUAUCGAUCGACUCCAUGUGCCAGCUCACCAGGUCAAUUGUCACCAGCUGAGAACUUUCUGAAAAGAAAAAUGAGAACGAUUAUGGAUCUAAUGUUGCCAACUCACCUUCCAAUCGAUACAUCAUCAAAAUCGGACAAAAUGAAGCAACAGUUCGAUCGUCAUCAUGGUGCCAAAUGGAGAUGCUAUUCAGUUGGAGAUCCCGUCUUCGUCAAGGACUACCGUUCACCGAACACUUGGCUGCCAGGAAUUGUGAUUGCUCGUUCGGGAUCAGUCAAAUACACCGUUCGUUGCAAUGGACUCGAAUGGAUUCGCCACGUAUAUCAACUCCGACGUCGUGAUCAUCUGCCAUCGUCUUCACAUCUUCUGGAUUGCUUCGAUUUGCCAACAACUCCUCCACCGCCUUCUGAUGCCUUCAUUUUGCCAACGUCUCCGUCGUUGGAUUGUUUCCCGCCUUCGCCUUGCCAAGAUGUGCCAAGUACAACUACAUUGGUGCCAAGAACAACUACAUCGUUGCCAAGCACAACUACAUGCCCGCCAAGUACAACUACAAUCGCUUUGCCGCCAAGUACAACUACAACCGCUUUGCUGCCAAGAACAACUACACUCCCGCCAAGUACAACUACUGUAACCGGUUCGUCGUCAAGUCUGAUGCCUGCACCGCAAGCCGCCGCCCCGACACUUCGGCGGUCUUCACGUACAGUAAGAGCCCCAGCACAAUUGGAGAUGGACCCGAGUCGGUCCACAUACCGCUAG